AGUGACGAGAGCAGCCGCGGAGUCACUUCCUGCUGGGUGGAUGAGGAGGAGCCCGAGCUGCCGCGGAGGAGCCCGAGUAGAGACGGACGGCGCCGGAGAGCAGGAGGGCGAAAAUGAAAGCAGGCUGUAGCAUCGUGGAAAAGCCAGAAGGAGGUGGAGGGUAUCAGUUUCCUGACUGGGCCUACAAAACCGAGUCGUCGCCAGGCUCCCGGCAGAUCCAGCUGUGGCACUUCAUCCUGGAACUGCUGCAGAAGGAAGAGUUCCGCCAUGUCAUCGCCUGGCAGCAGGGAGAAUACGGGGAGUUCGUCAUCAAGGACCCAGACGAAGUGGCCCGCCUCUGGGGCCGCAGGAAGUGCAAGCCGCAGAUGAACUAUGACAAGCUGAGCCGGGCCCUCAGAUACUACUACAACAAGAGGAUCCUUCAUAAAACAAAAGGGAAAAGGUUUACUUACAAGUUUAACUUCAACAAGCUGGUGAUGCCCAACUACCCUUUCAUCAACAUUCGCUCAAGUGGUGUGGUUCCCCAGAGUGCACCACCAGUGCCAACAGCCUCUUCCCGGUUCCAUUUCCCACCUCUAGACACGCACUCUCCCCCUGGCGAUGUGCAGCCAGGGCGCUUCUCUGCCAGCGCCUUGAGUGCUUCUGGUGCCGAGUCAGGUGGUCCCACCGAUAGAAAGGUGGAGCCUUCGGACCUCGAAGAUGGCUCGGCCUCUGACUGGCACCGGAGCAUGGACUUCAUGCCCUCUCGAAAUGCUCUUAGUGGAGGCGGAAUUGGCCACCAGAAACGCAAGCCUGACAUAAUGCUUCCUCUCUUCACUCGGCCAGCAAUGUACCCUGACCCCCACAGUCCCUUCGCUCUCUCUCCAGUCCCUGGUCGUGGAGGUGUCCUCAAUGUCCCCAUCUCACCAGCCCUGUCCCUGACUCCCACCAUGUUCUCCUACAGCCCCUCCCCAGGCCUGAGCCCCUUCGCCAGCAGCAGUUGCUUCUCCUUCAACCCGGAGGAAAUGAAACACUACCUUCAUUCUCAGGCCUGUUCUGUGUUCAACUACCAUCUGAGUCCUCGGACUUUCCCCCGCUACCCAGGGCUCAUGGUCCCACCGCUGCAGUGCCAAAUGCAUCCUGAGGAGUCUUCCCAGUUCUCUAUCAAACUGCAGCCCCCACCAGCUGGACGGAAGAACCGAGAGAGGGCAGAAAACAGUGAGGAAUCCACGCGUGGCUCUGCACCAAUCAGUGCACCUGCUCCCUCUCGAAUUAAGGUAGAGCCCACCUCUGAGAAGGAUUCCGAGAGCCUCAGGCAAUCAACCCACGAAAAGGAGGAACACUCCCAAGAAGUGGGCGCUGUGCGGACCAGGACCGUAGAAGAGGGGAAAGGCACCGUGUUUGCCCACCCCUCACCCACCUGGCCCUCUGUAUCCGUCAGCACCCCCAGUGAUGAACCCCUAGAGGGGACUGAAGACAGUGAGGACAGGUCUGGCAAGGAGUCCAGUGUACCUGAGAAGAAAGAAGAUGCCCUGAUGCCCCCCAAGCUUCGAUUGAAGAGGCGGUGGAACGACGGCCCUGAAGCCCGGGAGCUAAGUAAGACCGGCAAGUUCCUCUGGAAUGGGGCAGGACCCCAGGGCCUGGCUACAGCAGCCACUGCUGCUGCUGAUGCUUAGAACCACAGCGGAAGGGAAGCUGUUCAUACUACAGUCAGAUACACGUAUUUAUGCAGCAAGAUUCUGGGGUGGGAGGCGGGGUUAAGCUGGUUUGAUAAUUCUGAGGCAUGGACUUGAACGUUUUUGUUGGAUGGGACGAGUAUCUUGUGUUGUAAAUUAAGUGGGGUAUGAACACACUUUUCUUUCUUGGUGAGUAGGAUGUAGGGAGGGUAUUGAACUGUGGGGGAAGGAGCCUGUUUCCUGUUUAAGACUCAUGCUGCCUGACAGGCUCCAUAAGAGCCCACUUUGUAGUCUCAUUACAGUUCAGGACCCAUAGUGUUUUCUAUUGUAUUUAUACAUACAGAAAGCCAGUAGUGGGAUAUUUCCCUUUGAGAGAGAGAGGUAAGAGGAGAAGGCUGGAAGGUUGGGUGGGAAGCAACAAUACCCAGCAUGUUAGCCUGAGACACUUAUUUCAGGAGAGAACAAAGACAGUUGCAGGCUUACUGGAGUGGGGAACAAUUAGGUGAUGUUCUCUACUCUCCCCUCUCCUCCCCCUCCCCGAGCACACAUGCUCUCUCCCACACAUGUACACACGCAUUCUCUCUCUCUCUCCCUCUCUCUCUCUCUCUCACACACACACACACACACACACAUGCAUUUGGCUUUUCCUCCCUUUUUAGAAAAUGUUUUCAAGACACUUGAGUGUCCUGCCAGUUAUACUGGGCAGGGAGGGCCCAGGCCCGACCACCCGCCCUCCCCUUCAGAGCUGAGGUGGGAAGGAAGUCCUGCUGUAAGCUCCUUGACCUGCCACCUCCUUCACCUAUUCAGAAGCCAUGAGGAGUUGUCAGCUCCUGAUCAGGGAAGAAAGAAGGGCAGGAGGAAGGAACCCGAUGCCUUUAAAAACAAAACAAACGACAGAAAUGGUCUUCAUUUUUCUUUUUCCAUUGUGGGUUUGGGAAACCAUGCCAAGUGUGACUGAGCAAGUUUUAUGAGGAGCAGGAUAGCACCGUUGAAGAUGGUUUUCUGUUGUGUCUGGUUGUAUUACUGUUUCUUAAGUCAAGCCUUAACUAUGAACAUGCUUUAAGAUGAUACGGGUCUGUCAACAUAAACCUGUAAAGGGCAUGGAUACUGUUCAGAUAACCCAGGAAUGUUGAGGCAUAGUUGAAUUCCUAUGAUAAUUAUUCCCUCUGAUGUACCAGGCUGGGUGGAAAGGGUAAGAUUGUGAGAAUGAAAGGCAGAUGAUAAUUGAUAAGCAUGGAGUAGCUGGGAACAAGUGUUGUUGAAACUGAAGGAAGAGCUAGGAAGGUGGUGACCAGAUGCCAAGAGGCCUGGAGAGGGAAAGAGCUGAUGUCUGCCCUGUGGUGGUGGUGCCAUCUUUGUGAGCCCCGUUUGCCGAGCUUGUGCUGAUCAGUUGACUGUUCACAAAACACAGCUCACAGGCGGAGUCCUGUCUUUGUGGGAAAGUCCCUGACAGCAUCUUCAAAGGAAUUGGAAGACACUGAUCUUAUGUGAAAUGAACUGUUAGCACUAGGGGCAGAGAGAGCGGCACCAGCCAGCGUCCUCUGUGCACACAUGUGCUUAGAAUGGCUUGGGGCAGCGAGGAAAAACCGUUCCAUAGCUGCUGAGGCAGUGUUGACAUUGGGGUGUCAGUGAUUCCUGACUCCACCACCUUAGCCUAGGUGAAAAUCCUGUAGACCAAGUAACUCUUAAGUGUUGUCUUUUGAUGGUGGCGUGUUUGGUUUUUUUGUUUUGUUUUUUUUUUAACUGAAGUGCAUGCACAAAGGAGCUCAGGAGACAUUAGCUGACUUGGGGUGACUUGAGGCCAUCGUUGCUAUUGCUUGAUGAGUGUCCUGUCACUUGGUCCAGGUUCCAUACAUGAGUGACUGUCUUUCCCCAGGUCUCUGGUGACCCACGCUUUGGUCGGGCCACGAAGGACUCACCGCUCCAGCUGCCCUGGGUGGCUGUUUGAUCAGUUUCCUUUCUCACCCUGACUUACCUCUGGAUCUAAGGCAAGCCCAGCAGCUGGAGGAGGGCUCUCUGCUUGGUGUUGCCCAUCAAACCAGGGAGGCCAGCUGGCCACCAGUAUCGGUGUGAACUCAGGAAUAGAAAUAUGGGGCCUUUAAGAUGAGAGGAGGAAAAUCCAUGAAGCAUACCUGUAACCCCUAAAACCCAAGUGCCAGAAUUAAUCCCUAGAUGCUGCUUCCAUUUGAAUCAAGUCACUGCUUUUACACUUGAAAAAUGUUCAGAAAUGUUGAACUCCAUGAAAAGUGCUUUGGACUUGUACGAAACCAUGCUGUUUGUCUCCUUCGAUUGCCAUUCCACCAGUAAUCUGUGGUGAUUGGCACUGCACGUGGUUGGAGUUUGGAUCUGGGGAAGGGUCUGUCUACAGAGCAGAACUUGGGCUUGCUCAGGAAGUGGACCGGGAAAUGUAGCGAUCAUUGAUACUUCCUGGGGCAAAGGAAUGAGAAUUUUGUUCUCUUCCCAGCCCCUCCUGGCAGUUCCUGCCUCCAGCCUGGUAUGAGACAAGGUGGUUGCCUUCCUUCCGACAGUGGGGAAGGAGGUGAAAGCUGGACCUGCUUCUCUCCCUCGUCUGUUUUUCCUUCUAGAUUUUGUUGUGCCAAAUGUGUAAAACUUUGUAGGUGUAUCUAUUGAAAUUUCACGAAUCAAGAGCUUGUUCAUUUAAACAGUUUGCUUUUUUAGCCGUAGAAAAAGUAGCAAAUUCUCAGGGGCAUCAGCCUUGCUGAGCUCGCCUUUUUUUCUGAAGUAAAAUAGAGACAGACAGACAGUCCGUCUCCCCUAGGUGUCCGGCUGCACUGCAUUAAACCCAGCUCAGUAAUACAGGGAACCCUAGUGACCCGCAGGCCAAGGAACUUCCAGAAGCAUUAAAAAAAAAAAGAAAAAGAAAAAAAAGUUAUAUUCCACUGCCAAGUGGGUAGUCAUUUAGCUGUUCGUCCCUUGUUUUUUAUUUAUUCCACAAUUAUGUUUGUGCUUUUUCUUGUGUAAACAAUAGUGAGGCGUAUGUUUUUAUGUGGCUUUAGAGAAAACUUCAGUCUUCAAAGAACUGUUCCAAUUAGUUUCUUCUUGGAAAAAGUUAUGCGUUAAUUUGUUUCAAAAUACUUAGGCAUUCUUUGAAUUAUAAACUUGUGAUGCAGGGAUUUGUGAAUGAGACGUUCACAUGUGAAGAUAAAUGACUUCACUAGACAUCUGUGUAAGCAGAAUAAGAUGUGUAUAUGUACAUAAAUUAUAAGAAACCUGAACACCAUUGUGCAGUGCCUUUUAGAUGUUCUGCUUUCUAAAGUCUUCAAAUUUUUGCAUAUAUAUUAUAUAUAUGAUGUAAUGUUAUAGAAAUAUAUGUAUAAUAUACAUAUUUUUUCCAGGGGUAUCUGAUAGCUCUGUAUUUUGUUAUGGAAGUCGAAAGAAAAAAAAAGUAUUUUACCUCAAAAAUUAAAGUUAAAUUUAAAAACAAAGGGUACUUAAAUGUUUGCUGAGUGAUGAUUUUAUUGUUCCUUGCACACUGUGCCAAAGUCUGCAGACUUCCUGCUAGCUUGCUUCAUUGUACAGGUCCCUUGCAGGAGGCCAGCGGAGUGAGGGGCAGGGUCCUCAGCAGUGCUGAAGCUUGUCUGUUUCCUUGAGGGAGUGACUAAGAGGUAGGGAGAAAUCCUGCACACUGUAGCAGCAUUUAGCCACAUGGUCGCCUGUGGGAAAAUGUCAGCCAGACAGAUGCAUGAUGGCUUACAGUUUAUUGUAGGAUGAUGAAAAUGACCUGGGCUUAAAUAGUAAAUAGCAGUUGGACAGUUUGGGUAUAAAUAACAAAUCAUUGAAUUUUAAAGUCACUCCAAAAUGAUGGACACAAUAGUGUGUGAAUUAUAAAAUAAACAUAGGUUUGUGG